AUGCACAAGACUCCAUUCGAGAUCUUCCACAACUACAAGCUAAGUGUCAAGCACAUGCGGGUGUUCGGUUGUCAGGUUUACAUACUGACACCGAAGGAGAAGCGGCUCAAGUGGGACCCCAAGGCUCGCACUGGGAUAUUCUUGGGCUACGAAGAAGCAUCCAAAGAGUAUCGCGUUUAUGACAUCGAGGCGGGGCAGGUGGUCAUCAGUCGCGAUGUCAACUUUGACGAGUCCGCCUUUGGACUUUCGCCGCCAACCACCGCUGGAGACGCCGAUGACGUUGACUUCGACUCCCUCGAUCUGGAUGAUGAAGCGCCAGGUCAAGCGCAGUACAAGCAAACAGGCAAGCGCAAGAGUCAUCCCUAUGAUGAAGGAGUACCAGCUCCACCCACGCGCACAGUGCGUCAACGGCCUGGACUAGAAGAAUCAAGUGCGCCAGACAAUCACGCGACCCACCAAGAAGAAGAUGAAGAAACAAAGAAUGCUGAUGCAUCAACUCCGCCUGUGUUUUGGCGUGCGAGUGCGAACGCCAUCGAAACAGCAGUGGACUUAUCCGAGCCAUCGAAUUUUGAAGCUGCGGUGAGCGGUCCUGAUCAAGUGCAUUGGCGCGAAGCUAUCCGUGCGGAACUUGAGUCGAUGCGACUUCGUGAAGUAUUCCUCGCAGCCAAGCUACCUAAAGGAUAUUGCGCCAUUGGCACGAAGUGGGUUUUCAAGAUCAAGCGCAAAGCGGACGGAUCAAUUGACAAGUACAAGGCGCGUCUUGUGGCAAAGGGUUUCAAGCAACAAUAUGGGAUGGACUACACGGAAACAUUCUCGCCUGUCGGUAAGUACGUGACGCUGCGCAUGGUGAUCGCAGUCGCCAAGUAUUUCGGAUGGACCAUCGACCAACUCGACGUGGUGACGGCAUUCCUGUAUGGUGUCAUGAUGGAAAAAGUGUUCUGCGUCAUCCCUGAAGGCGUGGAAUUGGAGGGCUCCUUCGAUUGUCUGGAGUUGGUGAAGGCAAUCUACGGACUAAAGCAAGCGUCGCGCGUAUGGAACGAAACGUUUAAUACGUAA